GCAAUUUGGCCUCUGGAUUUUCCAUCUGCCACAGAAGCAAACCAGCUGGAGGACUUUAUUUCUUGGCUCCUGGCAGUGGUCACACCUGCUUUACAAUGAAGAUACUGAAGUGGGCUUUGGGUGUCCUGCUGUUCCUGCUGCUGUCCAUCGGGCGCUGUGCGGAACAAUCCACGCCGAGCAAGACGCCCCAGCAGAGGCAGCCUCGCUCAGCAGACGGACCAGAGGAAGGGAAGAAAUGUGGUUACACCUUCCUGGUCCCAGAACAAAAAAUCACAGGGCCAAUCUGCGUGAACACGAACGACCCGGGCACUGGGAACAGGAAAGAUGAAGUCACCAGGAUGGACAUUGAGAACCUGAAGGAUGUGCUGUCCAAGCAGAAGAGGGAGAUCGACAUUUUGCAGCUGGUGGUGGAUGUGGACGGAAACAUUGUGAACGAAGUGAAAUUACUGAGGAAAGAAAGUCGGAACAUGAACUCUCGUGUGACCCAACUGUACAUGCAACUCCUGCACGAGAUCAUUCGCAAGCGCGACAACUCGCUCGAGCUUUCCCAGCUGGAAAACAAAGUCCUUAAUGUUACCACAGAAAUGCUGAAGAUGGCAACAAAAUACAAGGAGCUGGAAGUAAAAUACGCGGCGCUAACUGACCUGGUGAACAACCAGUCUGUGACUAUCUCGCUGCUGGAGGAGCAGUGCCUGAGGAUCUUCUCGCGCCAGGACCCCCACGGGUCCCCGCCCCUGGUGCAGGUGGUGCCCCAGCACAUCCCCAACAGCCAGCCCUACACUCCUGUCCUGCUGGGGGGCAACGAGAUCCAGAGAGACCCCGGCUACCCCCGGGACAGGGACGCACGGCCAGCGCCCGACCCUGCCACUGCUCCCACAAAGAGUCCUUUCAGAGUGCCCCCCCUGGCUCUGAUCAACGAGGGUCCAUUCAAAGACUGCCAACAAGCCAGGGAAGCUGGGCAUGCCAACAGUGGGAUUUACAUGAUCAAACCCAAAAACAGCAACGAACCAAUGCAACUCUGGUGUGAGAACAGCCUGGACCCUGGAGGAUGGGCAGUUAUCCAGAAGAGGACAGAUGGAUCUGUCAACUUUUUCAGGAACUGGGACAGUUACAAGAAAGGAUUUGGGAACAUUGAUGGAGAGUACUGGCUGGGACUGGAAAACAUCUACAUGCUCACCAAUCAGGAUAAUUACAGACUCUUGAUUGAGCUGGAGGACUGGAGCAACAAGAAGGUGUAUGCAGAGUACAGCAGCUUCCGCCUGGAGCCCGAGAGCGAAUUCUACCGCCUGCGCCUGGGCACCUACCAGGGCAACGCUGGAGACUCCAUGAUAUGGCACAAUGGGAAGCAAUUCACAACACUGGACAGGGACAGGGACAUGUAUUCAGGAAACUGUGCUCACUUCCACAAGGGUGGCUGGUGGUACAACGCCUGUGCCCACUCCAACCUCAACGGGGUCUGGUACCGAGGGGGCCACUACAGGAGCAAGUACCAGGAUGGAAUCUUUUGGGCUGAGUACAGGGGAGGUUCCUACUCCUUGAAAGCAGUUCAGAUGAUGAUCAGACCUAUAGACUGAGGAGGAAAAUCCCACAGUGCUCCCAUAUAAAAUUCUCAGUGUUUGAGCUCCAGAAAAAAAUAAAAUGUUACUUUUUAAUCAUUAUUUUGCACAAUCUGCCCCUGCAAAAAGCAGGCCUACAGUUUUCCUGUCUUCUUUCCCCUGUCAU